GGGAGGGAGGGAGGGAGGGAGGGAGGGAGGGAGUGAAUUAAGGAAGGAAGGAAAGGGAGGAGAUGUAAAUGGUACACAAUGUCAGACACAUAUAUCAGUACCAGGAAGCGUGUGUGCAUGUGUGUGUGUGUGUGUGUGUUUGUGUGUGUGUGUGUGUGUAUUCUGUCAGCAUAAAGUGAGCAGCACACCAACCGACCACACCCAGCCGUCUAGGUCUAGGUCACAUGUCUUCCGUCUCGGACACACUCGAGUGCAGACCGAGCAGGCCCCCAAACUUUCCACUUGUGCGCUGCAUUUCAAUUGGCCGAGAGCGAGGAACGCGAGACAGUUUCCUCGGCGUCAAUACCUUGUAAGUGGUGACCUUUCAGAUGACAGAAGCCAGGUCGUCUCCCGUCCAAACAUCCUGCGUUCACAGAGCAUUCCCCGACUGCUAGUGCAUUUCACCGACAGCUCACUCUUGGCAGCGCAACAGACGCUCAUCUCUCUCGCUCUGCAUGGAGGAAUCUGAUUAAGGUGAUCCGCGCCUGACCCUGCUCACGUGUUCCACAAUGUCCCAUCAGGGAUUAUGGAAGUACCGACUUAUUGCAUGUGGUUCAUUGCAAGAUAAUCGUAUCAUACCGAUUCAAAUUCAAUAAAACCAUGAAGAUUGAGUCGGCCUAACGUCUGUGUGUGUGUGUGUUGCAGAUAUCUGGUCCCCUGGGUUGAUUGGGUCGGUCUAACGUCUGUCUGUGUGUUGCAGAUAUCUGGUCUCUGGGGGUGAUUGAGUCGGUCUAACGUCUGUCUGUCUGUCUGUCUGUGUGUGUUGCAGAUAUCUGGUCUCUGGGGGUGAUUGAGUCGGUCUAACGUCUGUCUGUCUGUCUGUCUGUGUGUGUUGCAGAUUUCUGGUCUCUGGGGGUGAUUGAGUCGGUCUAACGUGUGUCUGUCUGUCUGUGUGUGUCGCAGAUAUCUGGUCCCUGGGGGUGAUUGAGUCGGUCUAACGUCUGUCUGUCUGUCUGUCUGUGUGUGCCGCAGAUAUCUGGUCCCUGGGGGUGAUCCUGUACAUGCUGGUGUGUGGAGUCCCGCCCUUCCAGGAGACCAACGACAGCGAGACGCUGGUGAUGAUCCUGGAUUGCCGCUACUCCGUCCCCGAACACGUGUCUGACGGCUGCCGAGACCUGAUCUCCAGGAUGCUCCAGAAGGACCCCGCCUGCCGCGCCACGCUCGCCGAGAUCGAGGCGCACGAUUGGCUGGCGGGCCUGGACGACGCCCUGCUCAGCCCGGAGGCCCCGCCCCACUGGCUCUCGGGGGCGCUGUCGGCCAGCUCCCUCCGCCCGGGGCUGCCCGAGAGCGGAGACCUGCUGGCCGCCCGGCCCCCCGCCCUGCAGCCGGGCCCCGGGACCUGGCAGCCCAGCCUGGGGCACCGCAGGGCCCCCCCGGAGGCCCCCGUGGUGAGGACCCCCGCAGCGCUGGGGCAGAUCUGUGAGGACGAGGAGGAGGAGGAGGAGGAGGAGGGGGAGGGGGGGGAGGGGGGGUCGAGUCGGGCCCCUCCGCAGGCGCCACAGGAGAGCGCCGCCGUGGAGCCCGAGACGGCCGGGCCCCUGGGGGGAGAGGAGCUGCAGCCCGCCAACGCCAUGGAGCUGGGGGAGGACGGCGAGGAGGGGGAGGGGGAGGGGGAGGGGGAGGCGGCGUUCGGGUCGGGGGGCCGCGGCGGGAGGCGUGUGAUCUCCGACCAGCCGGUGGGUAACGGUAACGAGGCGCUCGGCUGUGGCGCCGAGGGGCCGCCCUCCUCCGGACCGCGCCGCUUCAUGGGGGUCCAGUGCUGCCACGGGGAGCCGGACCCCACGGCCCCCGGGGCAACGGCGGCGGCGAUGGGGGCGGAGCCCAACAACAACGCCAACGCGCCGCUCCACCUCCCCCCCCCUCAGACAAGCGCCCCCCUCUCUGCCCUCCCCUCCCCGCCCUCUGAGCUGAGCCUCAACGGACACGGCGCCAAGACCCCCGGGAACGCCGUCGAGAGGGACGACUUCCUCAGGGACCAGGCCCACAAUGCAUCUGGGUCCGAGACGGCGGGCAGGACGGAACCCAGCAAGGCGCGCAGCAUAAAGCUGAAGGACCGCUUGUUCCAGUUCCCCCUCUGCGAGAAAGCCCUGGCCUUCAACAUCCCCACACACAACAAGGCCAAGGUGCUGCCGCUGGCCCAGUACAACUGCUGCCACGUCCUAUAGUCCCGCCCCCGCUCCCCAGGAACCCGCUGCCACGUCCUGUAGUCCCGCCCUCACUCCCCAGUACAACUGCUGCCACGUCCUAUAGUCCCGCCCCCGCUCCCCAGGAACCCGCUGCCACGUCCUGUAGUCCCGCCCUCACUCCCCAGUACAACUGCUGCCACGUCCUAUAGUCCUGCCCCCACUCUCCAGGAACCUAAUGCCACGUCCUAUAGUCCCGCCCCUGCUCCCCAGGAACCCGCUGCCAUGUCCUAUAGUCCCGCCCCCACUCCCCAGGAACCUGCUGCCAUGUCCUAUAGGCCCACCCCCACUCCACAGGAACCCGCUGCCACCUCCUAUAGGCCCGCCCUCACUCCCCAGGAACCCGCUGCCACGUCCUAUAGUCCCGCCCCCACUCCCCAGGAACCCGCUGCCACGUCCUAUAGUCCCGCCCCCGCUCCCCAGGAACCCGCUGCCGCGUCCUAUAGUCCCGCCCUCACUCCCCAGGAACCUGCUGCCACCUCCUAUAGGCCCGCCCUCCCUCCCCAGGAACCUGCCAGGACCGCAGCAGCCCACAAGCUAUCCACUGCAGGCUACACUGACUCAGAAGGACGAGAGCAGUCGGCCAUAAAGGUGCAUUGGCUCAAGGCAGUCUGACACACACAGUAGAAGAAGAGGCAGCCACCACUGGCACCCACGUUAGGGGUUCAAUGAUUUGAGUCAUAACAUUUUCUUUCUACUCUCUAAGACUCAAGAGCACGGCCUCUGGAGCCCCCUGGAUGGGGCCCGAGUGUGGCGUCACAACUCACAACUUUCACAGGUUGAUUGCAUGCACAUAGUAUUGCACACGCACGCACGCACACACACACACACACAUGGAAGUUCCCUUGUUACAGGUAGAAACACUGUGGGCCCUGCGGACAAAACAACAACACAUACAUACUAAAUACAUUGCUGCUGGAGCCACGGUUUUGUGUUUCUGUAGUCAGCUUUCUGUUGAGUUGAGCUUAUAGACCGGGCAGUCAUUAAAUAUAGAAGCGUUCCAUUCCCCAUUGGCAACACUGGACCUAGGAAAGUUGGCAGACAGGGAAAAGGGUAUAUAACGUUAUGGCUGGCCACUCAGAGUCGUUUAAUAAGCUACCAGUGGGUCUGUAUAUGGAUAUGGUGCCUAAAGUGCUCAGUGUUCAAUGUGUCACAGAUUCAAGCCAAUCCGUUACAUUGCACCAAAAGUCACUGUAAGACUUACUUUGUAUUUGCUGUUACACCACAUUCCCACUAGUAAAUGAAACUAGUCUGUUUAAUGUGAACAUGGGACAGCUCCACUACAGUAUAUGUGACGCAUCUUUCCCUAGCCUCUGCUAGCUACAAGAUAGCCUUUUUAGUUUCCUUUUCCUUGCGUGACUCACCACAAAUGUACCACGUUACGUCAAUUCAGGACCUAAAGAGGUAAACGUUUUUAUUUCACGACUAAGGCUGUUACAAGAUGGUUGGUUUCUAUUAAUGUAUAUUUUUAUGUCUCGAAAGGUCAAUCAGGAUCCGUCAUUGUUUUCAUGAAAUUAUGUACAAUACUGUAAAUGUACUGAUUAUGAGUAUGAGGCGCGGAUGCAGGUCUUCCAUGUAAUCUAUUUAAGUAUUCUCAUAGACACUAGGAACGCUUCUAACAUUAUCAUCAGUUUUAUUUUGUUAGAUGUGAUAUUUUGACAGUGUUUGAGCUUCGUGGUAGUUCCUAGGAGAUGGUUAUGCUUAUUAUUUCUCACGAUAUACCUCCUCGUGUCUGGGGCGUCCCCAGACAUGCUCUUUAUGUAACUGUAGGACUAGCAUAAAGGCAGCUUUAUAAAGAAGCUGUAAUCACUUGUUUCCUACCCUUUUCCCUCCCCCCUCAAUACCUCCGAGUGGUUCGCGAUUGUCACCAUCCUCAAGUUUGACUUGUCUUGCAUAGUAUUUUAUUAUGUAGAGAAUGUGUUGCACACACUUUAAAAGGCCAAAGGGUAUAAAAUAAUAAGCUAGAAAUUCUCCAAAUUGAAGUCCUCCCAAAAUAGCUCUUAGCUAAAUGCUAUAUAUGAAUAAUGGCCAUUUACACAGGGACAAAGACUAUGUGUGUUGGUGAUUUUUACUUCAUGAAUUAUGUGUCCAUGGCCCGCCGGCCUCUGCAGACAGGAUCCUGUCCACUGGAUUAAACACUCAAGUGUCAUUUGUGCAGAGGAGGCUGCUUUGUGAUUCUGCUCCUGUGUAAAUGCUGCCCUCACAUCGAGGCGUGCCCUAUGUUCUCUCACCGAGAGAUUAACCUUUUAUGUAUUUAUUUAUUAAAAUUUAAAAAAUAACA